GUCCCACGAGGGACAAAACGCUUCGCGGAGGGGAGGCCGCCCGUCGCGUGGCGUCACUUCCCGCUGCCCGCGCAGCACCGGCAUUAUGGCGGAGCUCGAGGAGCAGCCGCCGACCGCCGCGGCACAGAGCACCGGCCGGAGCGACGGCGGAGAGGAGACCUCGGAGGGCGGCGUCGCGACGGGCCCCCCCGAACCAGGCCCGCCCCCGGCCGGGUCGCCAGGCACCGAGGAGCCCGCGGGCGACGCGAAAAAGAAAAUUGAUGUGCUGCUGAAGGCUGUGGGCGACACCCCCAUCAUGAGGACCAAGAAAUGGGCGGUGGAGCGGACCCGGACCAUCCAGGGCCUCGUGGACUUCAUCAAGAAGUUCCUCAAGUUGAUGGCCUCUGAACAGCUGUUCAUAUAUGUUAACCAGUCUUUUGCUCCAUCUCCAGACCAAGAAGUGGGGACCCUCUAUGAGUGUUUUGGAAGUGAUGGCAAGCUUGUACUGCAUUAUUGCAAAACUCAGGCAUGGGGAUGAAUGACUGGCAACACAGUUGGUCAGGUAUUCUCCUCAAAAAUGGAGAAAGGACUAACUUAAACUCAAGCUAUAAACAAACAGAAAGAGGGAUUUUUGCAUUGCUGCCUAUGAACAUAUGAUGCAGGUGAAUAGCAUACGCAUGCUAUACGAUCAGGCUUUUUUUCUGAUGUACAUUUGCGGUGCAGAAAAAACACCUGUAUCUGCCAUGCAGGGUAGAGCCAGCACUUCCGCUGCUGACUACUUAAUUGCUGUAUUUGAAGGGAAACUAUUUCAGUUGUCUGCAGGACUGACUGGACAGCACUGACUAUAUGCUGUACUGAAGAUAUGAGAACCUUUUUAUUAAAAGUAAUGUCUGUUUUA